AUGCCCCUCUGCCACCCGGAGAUCUACGCCCACACCGGCGUUAAGCCUCCGCGCGGCGUUCUCCUCCACGGCCCGCCCGGCUGCGGCAAGACGAUGCUGGCGGGCGCGUUGGCCGGCGAGCUCAACGUGCCCUUCCUCUCGAUUUCGGCGCCCUCGAUCGUCUCGGGCACCUCUGGCGAGUCGGAGAAGACGCUGAGGGACACGUUCGACGAGGCUGCGUCGAUCGCGCCGUGCAUCCUCUUCAUCGACGAGAUCGACGCCAUCACGCCAAAGCGUGAGACGGCGCAGCGCGAGAUGGAGCGGCGCAUCGUGGCGCAGCUGCUGACCUCGCUCGACGACCUGUCCUGGGACAAGACCGACGGCAAGCCCGUCAUGAUCAUCGGCGCCACCAACCGGCCCGACUCUCUCGACCCUGCCCUCAGGAGGGCGGGGCGCUUCGACCACGAGAUCGCGUUGGGGGUACCGGACGAAGACGGUCGCGAACAGAUUCUCCGAGUCCUGGCCGGCAAGCUGCGCCUCUCGGGCGGCUUCGACUUCCGUGCUCUGGCCAAGGCCACUCCGGGCUUCGUCGGUGCCGACUUGACGGCGCUGACGAGCGCAGCAGGCAUCAUUGCCGUCAAGCGGAUAUUCCGUCAGCUUGGCAUCGAAGGCGCGCUGCCUCCGCCGGGCGAUGUCGCUAGCUUGGCCGCGCCUGCGGAGGCGGCGUCCUCGGCGGACGCCCCAAACCCUCAAGCCUUUGCAUCGGCGGACGUCGAGAUGAGCUCUGCCGAUGCAGAUGCCACCAAAGCUCCGAGCGAGGCAGAAGCCACGGCGCAGCAACCAGCGCAAUCGCAACCGCAAGUUGAUCAGCCUGGGCCGCCUCACACGCCUCCCGCCGCCGCCGCGUCCGACGCGUCCAGCAAGGUUGUGACGGUCUCGUCUGGCGUCCAGCCGGCCAGCAGCUUCUUUGAUGCUCUACCCGAGUCGCUGAGGGACUCUUCGAUCGCCACCUUCCUUCGCACGCACCCGCUGCCGCUCAGCAGCGCCGAGCUCGAGCCGCUCUCGAUCUCCAACGACGACUUUGUCGAGGCGCUGCCGUCGGUGCAGCCCUCUUCGAAGCGCGAGGGCUUCGCCACGGUGCCCGACGUGUCGUGGGCCGAUGUCGGCGCGCUGCACGACACGCGCGAGGAGCUGUCGAUGGCCAUUGUGCAGCCGAUCCGCCGGCCGGAGCUCUUCCGCGCCGUCGGUGUCAGCGCCAGCUCUGGCGUGCUGCUGUGGGGCCCGCCGGGGUGCGGCAAGACGCUGCUGGCCAAGGCGGUGGCCAACGAGUCGCGGGCCAACUUUAUCAGCGUCAAGGGGCCCGAGCUGCUCAACAAGUACGUCGGCGAGAGUGAAAAGGCGGUGCGCCAGGUGUUUGCACGCGCGCGCACGUCUUCGCCGUGCGUCAUCUUCUUUGACGAGCUCGACGCGCUGGUGCCGCGGAGGGACGAUGCGCUGUCCGAGUCGUCGUCGCGCGUGGUCAACACGCUCCUGACGGAGCUCGACGGGCUCGAGUCGCGCGUCCAGACCUACGUCAUCGCCGCCACCAACCGGCCGGACAUGAUCGACCCGGCCAUGUGCCGACCGGGAAGGCUGGACAAGCUCCUCUACGUCGACCUGCCCUCGCCCGCCGAGCGCGUCGAGAUCCUAAAGACGCUCACGAAAAAGUCGCCGCUGGCCGAUGCCUCGAACGUGGCCGAGGCCGGCGACGUCGUCGACCUGCGCGCCGUCGCCCAAGACGCCCGCGCCGACGGAUUCAGCGGAGCCGACCUGGCCGCCCUCACGCGCGAGGCGGCCGUGACGGCGCUGCGCGAGACGAUCCAGUUCUCCAUGUCGCUCGACGCCGACCCGCCAGGCCGCUUGCCGCCGUCUUCGUCGUUGGCGUCGUCAGCGGACAGGGUGGCCAGCGUCGUCAUCACCCAGCGCCACUUUUCGCGCGCCCUCGACAAGGUCCAGCCGAGCGUCAGCCUGGCCCAGCGGAAAAAGUACGCCAACCUCCGCAGCCGGCUCAGCGGUCUGCCCACGGGGCCGGCCGCGGCAAAGGAAGACGUCAAGCCGCCCACGACGACGGCGGGCGAGGGCGCGGCCGCGUCGUCCGACGACGCACCUGCUGCCGUCCCCUCGGCUUAG